AUUUUAUUUUGUAAUUAUUUCCUAAUUGGUUGAUAAAGAUAGUUAAUCUAACUCCCAUCUCUUUCACUAGUCCCACUCUCUUCACUUACAACCAAAGGAAAAAACUUCACCAAAAACCCAAGAAAAUCUAUAAAAGCUCAAAAAGAUCCAAUUUUUAAUCAUACCCAAACCUCAAAAUUCACUAAUUUAUCUUCCCAUUUCACUAAUUUCUCCAUUUUUAGCUCCCAAAGAUCAUUCUUGAGUGAUAAAAAUGGUUACUUUAAAUAUAAAAGUGUUAGGAUUUAUGCUAAUAAUGCUUACAGUUUGUGCAUUAACAAAUGGUGAUGAAAAUGAAUCAUCAUCACGGCCACCAACAUUAGUGAAAAUAGUAAAGGGUAAAAAAAUGUGUGUUAAAGAUUGGGAGUGUAAUAAGUUAUCAAGAUUUUGUUGUAAUUUGACAAUUUCAGAUUUUUUUGAGACAUAUCAGUUUGAGAAUUUGUUUGCAAAGAGGAAUUCACCUGUUGCUCAUGCUGUUGGUUUUUGGGAUUAUAGAUCUUUUAUUAUUGCUUCAUCUUUGUAUCAGCCUUUAGGAUUUGGUACUACUGGUGGUAAAAAAAUGCAGAUGAAAGAAGUUGCUUCUUUUCUUGGUCAUGUUGGUAGCAAAACUUCUUGUGGUUACGGAGUCGCUACCAGUGGGCCAUUGGCUUGGGGCCUUUGCUAUAACAAGGAAAUGAGUCCUAGUCAAGAUUACUGUGAUGACUACUUCAAAUUAACCUACCCAUGCUCUCCUGGAGUCCAAUAUUAUGGACGUGGUGCUUUGCCUAUCUACUGGAACUACAACUACGGAAAAAUAGGCGAAGCACUGAAUGUAGAUCUGUUGAAUCAUCCCGAAUACAUUGAACAAAACGCAACCUUGGCCUUCCAAGCUGCAAUAUGGCAGUGGAUGAACCCAGUCAAAAAGGGCCAGCCUUCAGCUCACGAUGCCUUCGUUGGCAACUGGAAACCAACAAAGAACGAUACACUGUCUAAACGAGUUCCUGGUUUUGGCACCACCAUGAACAUCCUCUACGGUGACAAUGUUUGUAACCAAGGUGAUGUCGACUCCAUGAACAACAUCAUCUCACACUACUUGUAUUUCCUCGACUUGAUGGGCAUUGGUCGGGAGGAGGCAGGACCUCACGAAUUACUCACUUGCGCGGAACAAAAACCUUUCAAUCCAUCUUCUGUCCCAGCUGCUGCUUCUUGAAGCUUAUGGGAUCUUCGACAGCCUGCAUUUGCUACUUUUAUCAUCGACUUUUUCACUAAGAAAGCAUACAAUAAGUGGAGCAUGAUCGGUGUCGUCGUCCUGCUCCUGGUGUAAACUGUGUUUGGGAGUCAGUAUACUGGAGUGCAUUUUGAUCAGUGUAAUGCAGUGCAGUGUAUGUGAAACCUUAGUUUGUAUUCUUUUAAACUUUUAAAAGUGAAGAAAUGAGCAGCUAAGUACUCUUUUUUUCUUGUGAAAAAACUUACUGUUAGUAUAGAAAAAGAUGUUGUCUUCGAUAGCGAUAAAA